UUGAAGGCGGCCGCGAUGGUAGGACUCAAACUCUAUAAAUCAGCUUUGCCUGCCCGCCCGAUAAGGUGUUUGUUCAAUUGCCCCCUCCCAAUGCAUCGCCCGGUUCGUUACGCCAGACACUAGCACCGAAUGGUGAUAACAACAACAACAUCAACAACACAUGGACCAGGACGCUCUAGAACCACGGCCGAACAGUUAAUGAUUUCCAUAGACACCUUCAUAACACUUGUAAUUCGUACUGUUACCCAUUGGCACCGAGAGUUGUCAAGCACGAUAUGUACAGACGACGUCAAAGAUGUUGCAGCAAGGAGUCUCUGGCACCUGGCCAUGUUGGCGUGCAUUGGGAGGCCGGAGUCCUACACAUCUGGCCGCCAAGCUGCAUCCAGACGUGUCUCGCGUGUUUUCUUCACCGCUAAUCCAUGCCUGCGGUGGGGACGAACGUGCGCUUCCAUCUUUAUAUGUUCGGUGAUCGCCCGGAACGGCGCGUCGUCCAUAUCGUGGUCUUCUCACAUGAAAACACCCGUCGGCACCAGGUGUCCUUCUAUCUUGUACUAUAGUAGCUUCAGAGUGUUGAAGUCGCUCUCACCCCAGAAGAUGUGCUCGUGGGACUCGGUGCCUUACCUGAUUGGUUGGCGCGGGACGAGUGCAUCCCACCUCUCGCACAUUCGCCGGAAUGCAGCUCCUCGAACUCCCGAGCAUUGUGACUGUCGUAUACCUACUUAUUGCCCCUCGUCCGCGCGCCUGAAGCUGUAGGAGUCAUCCGCGACUCACACUGACUCAUAACGCUUAGCUGUAGUACGCGAACUUCGCCUGUGCUCGCUAUCUGUCCCAUCCCGGUUUCGUCAUCAUAGACUCCAGCACCGUUCACCCGCGACAACACCCCUCCCAACACUCACUGCGCGCGCCGACCGAUAACCCGAAGCUACCUCCGAGGCUCGUCCCGCCGCAGAUUCGACUGCUGUCCAGACGCGCUUAUCCGAGCUACCUCCUCGAAGCUCCUGUUGUACUGCGCAC